AUCAUACAACUUUGCCAUUAAAAAGUCAUUGAUUCUUGGCUGAGGACCUAGCGCCACGGGCAAGCCCUCAGACAAACACAAGGCUGUGUCUCCACGAGGAGAUAGCACCCACCUCCAUGGAAAGCAAGCACAGUAGCAGCAAAGCAAAGAAUGUUGUUCUCGAAGACGAAGGUAACCAAAAAACCACGGACGGCGCCGGCGGCCGUGGCAGAUGCUAUUUUUCAGAAUUGCCGUGGCAUAUCAUGCUGGAAAUCUUGCUCAAGCUCCACAUCGAAGCAGUAAUUCGAUGCAGGUACGUAUGUAAGGCAUGGCGGGAACUAUUUCUAGAUCCUAGUUUUGCCAAGCUGCACUGUGCAAGCACACCCAUGGGUGUUGUGCUUCAAUCCAGCUUAUUUCCCCAUGGCAAUUCCGGAGGGCUCUACUUGCUUGAGCCUCAAGAACAAGAGCCUUCUUCUAUAAUUGCCAAGUUCAAUCAAUUCCCAUACCUUGAAUCCACUCUUGUGAAUUCAUGCCAUGGAUUGAUUUGCUCGUGUGAUAUUCUGAUGGCCGAUCCCAUUUACAUAUCAAAUCCCAUCACGGGUGAGUACUUAAUCCUGCCAAAAGGUGAAACAAAGCCUGAUUUUGGUCAAUUUGUAUCUGGGUUUGGGUUCAGCCCCAAGACUAAGCAGUACAAAGUGGUUAAAUAUUCCGAGUCUUUAGAGAUCUACACUCUAGGAAGUGGCACCACUUGGAGAAGAACUGAGCAUGUUCCUCCCGCACGCCAUCGGAGUUUGUUUGGGACUUUUGUGAAUGGAGCUCUUCACUGGCUUGUUAAGCUUCCCAAUGGUUCUGUUCUUAUCCGUUCUUUUGAUCUGGAUGAUGAGAAAUUCCGAACAAUCCCACUACCUCUAUCUAGAUGUUCUGAUGCCAGCUUUAAAAGCUCAAACCUUGGGAUAUUAGGAGACUGUCUUUCUUUGAGCUCCAUUGUUAUGGACGCGUCUGGAUGGGAUAUUGAAAUUUGGGUGAUGAAGGAAUAUGGCGUUAGGGAGUCUUGGAUCAGAGAGCUUGUGAUUAAAUCUACAAGUCCAUGGGAACAAGGGUGGAAUCCUGAACACGUUCAAGUCAUCAAUGUCUUGAAAAACGGAGAAAUUGUCAUAAAUUGUGCAGGCUGUCUGGUCAUUUAUAAUAUGGGACAAGAAAGCUUCAGGUUGUUGAAGCCUAAUGGUAUAUUGUUGACACACGUUAACGCAAUUGCUCAUGCUUCAAGCUUUGUUUCUCUCAAAGAUAUUGCAUUGGGAGAUGGCUCAGAAGUGGGGGAGUUUUAGUUGGGUGGCAUGUAAUUCUGAUUAUUGGUUUCAACCAAUGUGAAUACAUAUAUUUAAUGCGAUUUCUUGUGUAAAUUGGGUUACAUCAUGUUCACUUGAAAUUAUAUCAAAAGAGAAUUUGAGCCAA